AUACAGACGAUUAAAACAGUUUUUUUUUCCAACGCGACACGACCACAAUAUCAUAUCAUCAAUGAGGUCGAUCGAACCAAAGUGAGAAAAAUAUUAUCUUUCUUCUUUAGCCGCUUUGCCUUGGGGAAUAUAAAUUGUAGUUUUUUUUUUUUGGGUCAUCACGAGAGAACCGCACAUAUAGAAAAAAGGGAAGGGAGAGAGAAGAAGAGGAGAGAGAUUGAUAUUUGUUGGACUCGUAUCGCCAAAAAAAACAAAAAAUUGAAAGGUUAAGAGGUUAGAGAAGCUCUGGAUUCCGUCUCUUCCCGUCGUCUGCGACGGUGGUUAUGCCCGUUGGCUCUGAGGUGUUUGAGGUUUCAUCAGCGAUGAUGAAUUUUACUGGUAAUUGAUGAGAGUCUAAUGUAAUGUUCUAUCAGGCUUCUUUAUAAGUGGAUUUUUAUCUUUUGAGAUAUGGAGCAAGUUUUUGUCUGGCCAAGUUGCUACCACUAUCGGCUUUUCUCAUUCCAAGAAGCGCUCGAUUGGCGGUUUCUUGUUCGUUCAGAUUUCCUUGUUGGCUCUUUCGUUAACUGCACUUAGUGGUCAUACCCUCUUCUAUGAUCUUUUACGGAAGGCCUGAGGCAAAUUUCUGAGAGACAGGACUGAAGUCUGCAAAAUCUUCUUUCGCAUAGUCCUAGAGAAUCCCCUUUAUUAGCCCCCUCUUCCAUAUCUUGUGCUUAUGGGCGCUGGUUGAAGAAAGUUAUUUCGUUUUCUUUUUCAAGUUUAGAUGUGUCGUUUCCUUUAAUCUGAACCCCUGAGUGAGAUGUUGUGAGCAUAGGAUCCUUCCUAUUAGCCUACACAUUCUAUCUUUUUGGUUCCUUUGCGUCUUUGAGUUCUCAGUAUGUGUUUUUCUCUUCUCUUGCUGUCUUUCUCUUUCCUUAAUGGUCAACCCAUUUAUGUUCAAAGUAAAUAACGGUCAGUCUACCCAGCUGGAGAAUCAUUGAUUUUACUGCCUUGGUGUUCGGUCCUUGCUACGAACGACUGGAAGAUUAAUGCUAUAUAAAUCUUUCAGAAGUUCUUUACAUACAUAAAAUAAAGAGCCUAUUUUACUUUACUGGAAAAACGAUGGACAGAUACAAGUUAAUUAAGGAGGUUGGUGAUGGAACUUUUGGUAGUGUUUGGCGAGCUAUCAAUAAGCAGACUGGUGAAGUUGUCGCAAUCAAGAAAAUGAAAAAGAAGUACUACUCAUGGGACGAAUGUAUUAAUUUGAGAGAAGUGAAGUCGCUCAGGAGAAUGAAUCAUCCAAACAUCGUGAAGCUGAAGGAAGUCAUCCGGGAAAAUGAUAUCCUAUACUUUGUCUUUGAGUACAUGGAGUGCAAUCUUUACCAGCUGAUGAAGGAUCGACAGAAGCUUUUUGCAGAAGCUGAUAUCAGAAAUUGGUGCUUUCAAGUCUUCCAGGGCCUUUCUUACAUGCAUCAGCGCGGUUACUUCCACCGCGAUCUUAAGCCAGAAAAUCUAUUAGUCUCGAAAGACAUCAUUAAGAUUGCUGAUUUUGGGCUGGCACGGGAGGUUAAUUCGAGUCCACCUUUUACCGAGUAUGUUUCUACACGUUGGUAUAGGGCCCCUGAAGUACUCCUACAGUCAUACGUAUACACAUCAAAAGUUGAUAUGUGGGCGAUGGGAGCUAUUAUGGCUGAGUUGUUGUCUCUUCGCCCAAUUUUUCCCGGGGCUAGUGAAGCAGAUGAAAUCUACAAAAUCUGCAGUGUCAUAGGCAGCCCAACUGAGAAGACCUGGUUGGAAGGACUUAAUCUUGCUAAAACCAUAAACUAUCAAUUCCCUCAGAUUCCUGGUGUACCUCUUUCAAGCUUGAUGCCAUCUGCCAGCGAAGAUGCAGUUAAUCUUAUCGAGCGGCUUUGCUCGUGGGAUCCAUGCAGCAGACCAACUGCUGCAGAGGCGCUACAGCAUCCAUUUUUCCAGAGUUGCUUUUAUGCCCCACCAUCUCUUCGUCCCAAGCCAUCUGUUGCAAGAACUCCUCCACCUGUCGGGCCAAGGGGAUCAUUUGAGCACCAAUCAGUUAAAAGACAGCCGGUGUCGCUUGCCAAUGCAAAGCCAUUCAAUAGCUAUGCUAGUCCAAAGUCGCAUGCUGCUUUUGGCAGUGGUGUCCAGCGGAAACUUGAAAUGGCUAAUCAAGAUGGGACGAGAAACACUAAAGCUGUGAGAAGUUCCGUCAGAGACUCCAAAUACAGACCACCUGGGAAAAAGAGUCCUCAUAAUUCAGCAGCAGCAUUGAACAAGAAUCGGUUCACUCGCAGUGUAUCAGAGGCUGCUGAUAAACUCGCAAACAUGACUAUUGGAGGAACUGGAUCUCGCAGACACUCUGUGUCCGUGGUUGGACAGCAUCAACAGCUGAAACCACCUUCAAUGAAGGCAGGUUGGGUAGGAGAAACACGUGACAUGUACCUCAGACCAACACAACCCACCACCAAUGCCUACUCUAGGAAAGUCGCCGGAUGACACCUAAACCAAUAACUCAACCAAGCCUCGUCUGAGCAAAUAUUUUACUUUAUAAACUAUGUCUUAUAUAUAAUCUAUCCUCUGGUGUUUAUCCCUGAGUCUCCAUUUCAUGAAAAAACAAACAGUGAAGUGUCUCCUUUUCUUUUACAAUGGUCGUGUUUCUCCGGCGUUGCUGGUUCGUUCCGCUUUUAUUUUCUUUUCUUAAUUCCGGUCGUGUGAUGGUUUGUAAUUACGUGAGCGUGACAAUAACAUUGUGGUUUGCAAUAAAGUUCGAUUUGGGACUA